CUACGCCUACUUGUAUUUUCGCCUGUGAAACACCGAACUUCGAAGAGCACUUAUAAAUGGUGUUUAUCGGCCUUUGAGAAUCAGCGGUACGGUCCAAGCAGUUCGCAUUGCCUUUUAAAAGUUGUUUUGAAGAGGAAAAGAGCCGGAGAUGAGUUUCUUAUUUGGAAGCCGUUCAUCAAAGACUUUCAAGCCCAAGAAGAACAUCCCAGAAGGCUCUCAUCAGUAUGAACUGCUGAAGCACGCAGAGGCCACACUAGGAAGCGGAAACCUCCGGGCUGCUGUGAUGUUACCCGAGGGAGAGGACCUUAAUGAAUGGAUUGCUGUCAAUACUGUGGACUUUUUCAACCAGAUCAACAUGCUCUAUGGCACAAUCACUGAAUUUUGCACAGAAACCAGCUGCUCUGUUAUGUCUGCGGGGCCAAGGUAUGAAUAUCAUUGGGCAGACGGCACCAACAUCAAAAAACCCAUCAAAUGUUCUGCUCCCAAGUACAUUGACUACUUGAUGACCUGGGUUCAGGAUCAGCUGGACGACGAAACUCUCUUCCCGUCUAAGAUCGGUGUUCCUUUCCCUAAGAACUUCAUGUCGGUGGCAAAAACCAUACUGAAGCGCCUGUUCAGGGUUUAUGCUCAUAUUUACCACCAGCAUUUUGACUCGGUCAUGCAGCUUCAGGAGGAAGCUCAUCUUAACACCUCCUUCAAGCAUUUUAUCUUCUUUGUACAGGAGUUCAAUCUCAUUGAUCGCAGAGAGCUGGCACCCCUGCAGGACCUUAUUGAGAAACUUGGCAGCAAGGACAGAUAGACACUGAUAUGAAUACUCUAUUGGUCAGCCUUAAUGCAUUUUCCAGAAAGCCUUUCUCUUGUCCUGUCUGAGUUUGUUUUGUGCACACUGAUUGUCCUCGUCGCGUCUCAGCUGUGCUUCCUGAAGCUCGUAGAAGUAGUCGUACUGAAAAACUCUCGAUUUAUGUGUGGAUUUCCUCUGUCUGUUCUGUUGUCAGUAUUACACUGUAGCUGUUUUUUAUGUAUUUGUAAUGGACUGGGAUAUAAAGCAAAUAUAUCAGAGUUUAGUUUUGAUGGAAGUAAAAAGAAAACCAGCAUUUUUAGUCAGUACUUUUUAUAAUGCGUGAAAAAAGAUGUAUUGGAGGAAGGGAUCAAUAUUACACUUUUUCUUUUUUUUUAUUAUUAUUAUUCUUUUGUAAGUUUGAAGACAAAUAAUACUUGAUGUUUCACUUCUAUGUGGUUGCAUAUUCAACAGUGAAGAUUAUUACAGGAUGUUUUUGGUCGUAGGUGAAUCUCGAGAUUUAUAUUCAGACUUGAGCAGUAUUUCAUGCAUAAUGGAACCAUCGAGUUAAUUUUUUCUUUAUUUUAUUUAUACUCACAAUAAUGACCUUCUACCAUGUACAUAAUCAGAUUUUCGAAAGCAUUUCGGCUUGGUAAUGUUUAGGUUAUAGAAAAUGAAUGUUAGUAAAAAUCCCCAUAUGUCAUUUUAAAAGUUUUUUUAUACUUUUUCAAACUGUUGUCUUGUUUUCACGAAUUACACUGUUUGAAUUAUUUGUAUUAGACAUCUUAUAAAAGAUGCACUAUAAGAAUUAUUGUAGUAAAAGAUGUUUUUAUUAUUUGUUAUUUCUUUAAUGAUGUUUAAUGAGAUUUAAUUUUCUUUUUUUUAAUGGAAAAAGCUAAACUUUUAUUUUGAAACUAAAACUUUCCUCAGCCGGAAGCACGUUUCUGCUAAGAUGCUUGGUGCAAAUAAAAUGGUCAAAAAGGUC